AUGCUGCCGCUCCUGCUGGGCCUGCUGGGCCCGGCCGCCUGCUGGGCCCUGGGCCCGGCCGCGGGCUCCUCGGAGCUGCGCUCCGCCUUCUCGGCCGCCCGCACCACCCCGCUGGAGGGCACGUCGGAGAUGGCCGUGACCUUCGACAAGGUGUACGUGAACAUCGGCGGCGACUUCGACGCGGCCACGGGCCAGUUCCGCUGCCGCGUGCCAGGCGCCUACUUCUUCUCGUUCACGGCGGGCAAGGCCCCGCACAAGAGCCUGUCGGUGAUGCUGGUGCGCAACCGCGACGAGGUGCAGGCGCUGGCCUUCGACGAGCAGCGGCGGCCCGGCGCGCGGCGCGCCGCCAGCCAGAGCGCCAUGCUGCAGCUCGACUACGGCGACACGGUGUGGCUGCGGCUGCACGGCGCGCCGCAGUACGCGCUCGGGGCGCCCGGCGCCACCUUCAGCGGCUACCUGGUGUACGCCGACGCCGACGCCGCCGCGCCCGCGCGCGGGCAGCCCGCGCCCCCGGAGCCGCGCUCGGCCUUCUCGGCGGCGCGCACGCGCAGCCUGGUGGGCUCGGACGCGGGCCCCGGGCCGCGGCACCGGCCGCUGGCCUUCGACACCGAGCUGGUGAACAUCGGCGGCGACUUCGACGCGGCGGCCGGCGUGUUCCGCUGCCGCCUGCCCGGCGCCUACUUCUUCAGCUUCACGCUGGGCAAGCUGCCGCGCAAGACGCUGUCGGUGAAGCUGAUGAAGAACCGCGACGAGGUGCAGGCCAUGAUUUACGACGACGGCGCGUCGCGGCGCCGCGAGAUGCAGAGCCAGAGCGUGAUGCUGGCGCUGCGGCGCGGCGACGCCGUCUGGCUGCUGAGCCACGACCACGACGGCUACGGCGCCUACAGCAACCACGGCAAGUACAUCACCUUCUCCGGCUUCCUGGUGUACCCCGACCUCGCCGCCACCGGCCCGCCGGGCCUCGGGCCCUCGGAGCUCUGA